GUGCGGCUGAAAAGUGCGGACGAAGGAGAAGCGGACGAGGGUGGCCAGAAGCAGGAUGACUUCACUGCAGAAGGAGGGGAGAGCAAGAAGGGGUGAACAUAAUGAGCAGACAACGUUCCAGAAGAAGCCCAUUGUGGUGAUGGCUGAGCACAUUUUUGCGGCUUCCUCCUCUAAGUCCAGAGAGUAGAGAAGGGGGUGGGGGGUGAGAGCAGAUAGGAGUGAAUGUGCACUGAAGGAGGGGAGGGCAGAGGUUCAACUGGAGCACUUAAAUAGCUCAGGCACCUUGACUGGGACUGCUAAGCCAGCUGCUCGCUCACCACCGGUGACUUCCAAACAAAAACACGUGUAGGAAAGGGCAGAAGGGAAGGCAAAGGGAGGGAGGGAGAGGAUAUAUCCUGCAUGCUUCCUGGAGAGACCAUUACAAGCAGCUCAUCGGCAGCGGGAAAAGGAAGCAAUCCUGUUAACCCAGAGGCACGAAGAGACGAUACUGAACCCGGGCAACCAGCCGCUGUAUGUCACAUGUGAGCAUAACACAUGAUCACAGACUAAGCAGAUCAAAGAGGACCAGAAAGAAGAAGCAGGAAAAACGGAGAGAAGUGCUGGAAAGCGGUACCUGUUCUCACCUGUCACCCUCCGCCCGUCGCGGUGAUGCUCUGGUUGCUGGCGGCACCCUGCCUGAUGGUGGCGCUGCGGGCCCCGGCGGUGGGAUCUGAGCGCAAGAGCCACCACGUGCAGCACGGCCCCUGCAGGUACACCUUCCUCCUGCCAGAGGUGGAGCACUGCCGGCCGCCGGGGGACUUCCAAGUGACCAACUCGCUGCAGAGGGAUUCCCCCGUACCUGCUGGGGCACCCUCUGCUGAGCAGUCCUGGCAGAAUAAGAAGCUGGAGGCCUUGGAGAGUGUGACAGAGAACAACACUCAGUGGCUACAGAAGCUAGAGAACUACAUCCAGGAGAACGUGCGCUCGGAGAUGCAAGAGAUGCAACGGAAUGCCAUUCACACGCAGACUGCCGCCAUGCUGCAGAUCGGGACCAACCUUCUCAGCCAGUCGGCCGAGCAAACCCGCAAACUGACGGAUGUGGAGACACAGGUGCUGAACCAGACCACCAGACUGGAGGUUCAGCUUCAGGAGAACUCGCUGUCCACCCUGAACCUGGAGAAGCAGAUCCUUCUGCAAACCCAGGAGAUUUCACGGCUGAAUGACAAAAACAGCCUCCUAGAGCAGCGGAUCAUGGCCAUGGAAGACCGACACACUCAGGAGCUGAAGGCACUGGGAGCUGAGAAGCUGCAGCUGCAGGAGCUCCUGGUACGGCAGGGCCGUCUGGCUUCCAUGUUGGAGGCAAAGCUUGGGAGCCCUGCCCAGAAGAAAAGGCUACUGGAUUUGAUCACACAUUGCAAUGAGAUUCCCAUUCAGCCCAAAGAGGAGACCCAGAGCUUCCAAGACUGUGCAGAAAUCUUCAAAUCAGGAACCACAGAAAGUGGAGUGUACAGCCUGAAUUUGGCCAACUCUACGAAAACAGUGAAGGUGUUCUGUGACAUGGAGACUCAUGGCGGUGGAUGGACCGUGCUGCAGCGGCGUCACGACGGAUCAGUGGACUUCCACCGUAACUGGGCUGACUACAAAGUGGGUUUUGGGGAGCCCUCUGGGGAGUACUGGAUGGGCAAUGACUUCAUACACCUGCUGACUACAGGGCAGGACUAUAUUCUGCAGGUGCAGCUCAGAGACGUGGAAGGAAAUGAAGCCUACUCUCAGUAUGAUCACUUCUACAUUGAUGGCGAAGAAAAUAACUACAGGCUUCAUGUCAGGGGUUUCAGUGGCACUGCGGGUCGGACCAGUAGCCUGGCCCACUCUGGUAUACCAUUCAGUACCAAAGACCGGGACAAUGACCGCUGUACCUGCAACUGCUCCCAGAUGGCAUCUGGAGGCUGGUGGUUUGAGGCCUGUGGACCCUCCAACCUCAAUGGCAUCUACUACAGUGGCAAGUCAAGUAUUCUCCGCUUGAAUGGGAUCAAAUGGUACUACUGGAAAGGACUCAGCCUGAAGAUCACCACCACAACCAUGAUGGUGCGACCAGUGAACUUCUGAGUCUGUGCAUCGACACUUAUUGAUGGUGUCACGAUGACUCUGUGGUAUAAUGGACAGUACAGUGGUGGAUCAGCAAGUUCUGCAUCCUUGGCAAAUGGUCAUGCUAAGUGGAGGACUUGCCAUCAAGUAUCUAAUUUUUAAAUCCUUCCAGGUAAGGUUUCCAGAAGAUGCCUGUGCUGACUGAUUUCAUUUGCUGCCAUGGGAGGUGACACACACCCUGUUGAAGUGAGAACUCUGUUGAAUACCAGAUGGGGGCACAGUGUACCAGCAUCUUUUGCAUUAGAUUGGAAAAUGGCAGACCUACUCCUUCACAGAAAGCCCAUGUUGUAUCUUUGCCACACCGUUGCUGUAAAUUUGCUUAGCUGUAAACAACUUUUUCCACAUUUUGCUCCAGAAGGACCCCUCUGAGUCCUCGAACAUCCGUAACUCUCCUGCAGAAAGAGCGAGCCUCUUCUGCUAUCUGUUUUUGGAAGUAGCAUAAUG